AUAUAAUUUUUUCUAAUGUCUAUUACGGUAGAGCAGCAAACGGAUAUGGAUUAAGUGUUUUAUCAAAUAUCUUACGGCGGCAUAUCAUAACUAUGUCUGAACAUAACUCGAAUUCUAACCUCUCGGUAUCACAAAGCACCAAGGAAACCGGUAGGCCUAAGUUAAAAAUCUUAGCUUUCCACGGUUACAGACAAAAUGGUGCUGUGUUUAGAGCUAAGAUUGGGUCUUUUCGCAAAGCCGUUGCCAAGUAUGCCCAGCUGACAUUCAUAUCAGCUCCUCAUAAAAUAUUCAAUGAAGAUGGGGGAGGUGACGAAGAUUGCAGAUCAUGGUGGUUCAAUGCUGAAGACAACACAUUCAGUGGUAAAUGCUUGGGUGGCCCUGCAAUAGGGUUUGAGGACACAUUGAAGUUGGUUGAGAAGGUGGUUAAAGAGCAUGGGCCAUUUGAUGGGUUCAUGGGCUUCUCCCAGGGGGCAUGCCUAGUGGGACUUUUAGCUGCUAUGCAGCAGAAAGGAUACUUACCAUACACAUUCAAGUUUGCAAUAUUUUCAUCUGGGUUCCGAUCAGGGAGUUUAGUGCAUAAGGGAUUCUAUGAUGAGGAAAUAACUUUGCCCUCAUUGCAUGUUUAUGGAGAAAGUGACUCUAUUAUUCCUAAAGAAAUGAGUGAAUCACUAAUAAGCCUUUUCAUAAAGCCUGUAGUGGCAGAACAUUCUGGAGGCCAUUACGUUGCAUGCUCAGGAUCCACCAAAGACGCGUACCUAGAUUUCCUACAUGACAGGUAUCAAGAUAUACUGGAAGAGGACAAGGAUCAGGAACAAGGAGAUGAAUAGACUACAAAGAGACACAGAGCAUUAGGUUUACGCUUAAACUGGAACAGACAAGUGAUAGCCAUUUGAGAAGAGACUACCUAAUUCCCCUUUUCACCAUCAAUGACCAAUUUUUAAGUGACCUCUUUGAAAACAACAUUUCUUUUGUUACCAUAGGGGUCAUAAAUUAGGGAUUGAUGGAGAAAACGGGCAUAAGAAUAAAAAAUUGAUUGAAAUGGCUGGAAAAUUUUAAUGCAACAUUCAUGUUAAUUAAAAUUCUAUAAAUUA